AGACUUUGAGUGCAUUUUAUUUUUAAAAAUCCAACAGCAUCAAUACACUUCAAAAUAUAUCAAAUCAUACAAUUUAUCAAGUUAUCCGCACAUUUAAAAGCUUUCGAGUGUUGAAAUCGAAUUUGCCGCACAUCUAUCAAAAUUAAAAGCUUUUCAACAAAAAGAAAAAUACAAUAAUUCCCAUACGAAUGACUUUUAUUUUUUUCAAGAUUUGACUUACACUUUUUUCGCAUCUAAAAGAGUAUUUUAUUGAAAAAGAAAAAAUCUUGAUCAUUAAAUUCAAAACAAGCCAAUUUUUUUUUUUUUUUGCGAAAUUAGUAAUAAAAAAUUUAUUAUUUUAAAACAAUAUUGAACCCGGAAAUUUAAAAAUAGAAAAAAAAUAUUUUAUAGUUUUGAAAACCUUGAGAAGGUGAAAUUAAUCAUCGCGAGACAUUAAAUUGUUGAGAUGAGAAAUCGCGAAAUAUUUCAUGUAAAUAAACACCCCUUUGAGGAAUGUGGCUAUACGAUUUUCUAUUCGCAAAGUUCGAGCACUCCGGAGGGAACGUAUCUUCCGUAUGGCUAUUUUGGCCAUUACACAAGAAGAAGAAAAAGAAAAGGAAGAAGAAAAUGAUGAUGAUGAUGAUGAGAAGAAAUAGAAGAGAAAAUUGAAACUGCGGAGGCGGAGGAAGAAGAAGAAAGAAAUUGUUCAAGUGAGGCGCAUGCUCACCCAUCACCGUCUUUCAAAUUCACACAGACGGCUUUUCUCUUGUGCACACGCGGGUUGCUUUCAAGCUUUCACCAUCCUAGACGUUUCCCGUCAACCAGAGUGCCCACCUCGAGUCUGGACAUCCCGGCGGAAAUAUGUCGACGCUCGUCGCCCAAAAUAACCAACCAAAGUGCAAUAAUUUCUCCUUGUCAACGAGAUCUUCAAUCGGACAUUCUACAAUACCGGAAAUUGUUAUUGCUGUGAAGAGGAAGAAUUUUUUCACAUUCGCAGGUCAAUGACAGACUCGAAUUUACGUUUUCAGACUCUUGGAAACUUGUAUUGAAUUUUUUCGAAUACUUAGAGAAAAAGAAGAAGAAGAAGAAGAAGCUGAUGAGAAUAUAUAAUUUUUGGAAAACGUCAAAGGAUCAAGUGUCAUUGAGCCCAGGUUUGAGAUUGGGAUGAGGUUGCCACCAUCUCUUCAAUAGAUUAACCUUGAUGCCAGCCUUGCAAUCGCUAACGACCCACGUUACAACACUGCCUGCAUUUUCAGACGUGUUUCCAAGUUGAGGGCGCUACCAAGCUCUCUUUUCUCGUCUCUUGGAUCAUCGCCAGCGAUGUCAGUUUAGUUGGACUGCCCUCGUCGACAUCUCCUCGUGAUUCGUGACCUCCUAGUUUUUCGAGUUUGUGCUCGCGAAACGGAAGUGAACAACAACCAUGUGGUGUUCAAUUAUAAACGAAAGAAAGUUUAGUGUUUUGUAAAAUUGUGCCUCCCAAUCAUUAUCAAUGAAAAAAUAGAUUUAGACCCUAAAAAUCAUGGAUUAUCAAAGUGACAGAUCACGUAAAUUGAUUCCAUAGAGAAAUGAUUAUAGUCAAAUCAAUUCCAAAUGGCUGAGAAGGUGAAUUCCCUAUUGACAGUCACACAAAUUCCAAAUCUUCCAAAAAAUCCCCAAAUUCAAAAAUUUGAAAAAUUGUCAAAUUUUACAAAAAUUGAAGAGCAGCAACAGAAUAAUCAAAGAGUCAAUAAAAAUCUCUCACAAUGCGAAAAGCAACGACGAAAAGCAAAGGUUUACAAGAAAAGACGUAGUCGAGAAAAGAUGAUUGACCUCGAGAAGUUGCCAACACCACCACCGGAUCCAAUGGAGACGAAUGUCUUCGACGAGGCUUUCGUCAAGCACAAAGAAAAUGAGAAUUUGAAAAAAGAAUUCCUCGAUUAUCUCCGAAAUCGUCGUCCAUCGAGUGAAAGUAAUUCCGGCUCGAUAUUUCGUUCAGCCUCGAGUUUUGCGGCGAAUUUCGAUGGCACCGAGGAAGCGUUCGAUCAUCUGGAAAAGCUCUUUCUCCUCAUGGAGCAAGUGAUUAAUCUUCGCGAUCGUAAUUCAAAGAUGUUUCGAAGACUCAGAGAGUUGGAACGAAUAAAAGCAUUAAGAAAUGCUGAUCGUGAGGUUGAGAGAGCUCUACUUAACGGCGAAGAUGUUGCUCUACCCGAAGAAGAUGUAGGGUUUGCCGAAUCACUAUUAGGCGCUAUACUCUCCAGUGGACCGGAUAUGAUGAUGACAGCAAAAAAAAAUUUCCGUUCACCACCAAUAAUGAGACAGAGAAGUCGAUCAAUUGGAAUUGAAAAUCCGGCAAUGCGGUUAUCGCAAAUGAAUCCAUCAUCAUCGGGAGGAGGAUUAUCGCAUAAUAAUAAAAAACGAAUGUCGGUUGUUGGUGCACCAAAGGUAUCCAAGUGGACCAAAGUCAAGGCAGCAUUCAAGUGGGAGAAGGCCGGAACUGUUGAUUCGAUAGAUCCUGAGAUCAUGAGAUUUUUGAAGGUUCCGGACAACAAUGACACUUCUACUGGGUCUGGGUUCUCGCCAAGAACUGGUGAUCAUUCCGGACCACCCAGUCCGAGUACUUUGUCUUCAUCUUCCUCGACCGACGAAGUUUUCCAAGGGAUUAACAAAAGGCCCCGCUCUGGUCAAUUACCUGUGCGAACUAAAGAAGAUAUUACGAAUGAUGAUUCUUCUCGUCGAAGUCGAUCUCUAGAUGGAGAUGUUUUGAUACCUCAAAAUAUUGCAUAUUCCAAUCACUUAUUCAAGGGCAAUACAAAUGUGAGAAAAUUCGAUAAAGGACAGAGUAGAACACCAUGGGGAAAAGUGAAAAACAUGAUUCAUUUGCGUCGAGAGAAUAUUCGACGACAACCACCACGUGGUAGUAUACGAAGUGAGGAUGGUUAUUCUAUUUCGAGCCUCGAAUCAUCAGAAAUUCUUCAAGAGCUGCUGCAAUUUGAAUACGGAAAAGCUCGGGUACAAAUAACCACGUCCGAAUGUCCAACAGUAAAUUCCUCGAAACCUUCGAGCCCAGGUAGUGAAAUUGUCGAUUUGGCCAGUCGAAGAUUGACACCGACUUUGACGAUAACUGUGCCCUCAAGUGAAGAAUUAAGAAGUAUUUCAUCACCGGAAUCAAUUUCCCCGCCACCGUCACAUCAUCUGGAUUCUGCGGAAGAACGUUCGCCUUCUGAUGAAUUUGAAUUUUUGAAAAAUACUCCCUUGGUCAUUGGCCGCUCGAAAACUUGGCAAGAUGUUCCAUCGUCUUUGGAAUUUAAAAGACAGUAUUCCCAAAAAGGUGAUUCUUCAAAUAUUUCAAGACUACAAAGACAAGAUUCAAAGUGGCAUAAAGUGAAAAGAGCUUUUCUCACAAACACAGCAUCGGUUCCUCCAAGUCCCAGUAGAGUUUCUUCAUUUUUUGAUGAAGCAGAUAUUGGCGGAAGUUAUAGUGCUAGUGCAGAGGAUUUGGAAACUGAUGCGAGUUCCAACGUUCAAGCGGAAAUUCAAAGAAACUAUCAAUUACUUCAUGACAAAUUGAGUGCGGAAUUUUAUCGCAAAUUAAGCGAAUGGGAAAAAUUGAAAUCAACCUCUCCAACUGGUCUGACACAACUGAAUCUUCAUCACCAGGAGAAUAAUAAUUCACGAUGUAAAUUAGUACGCGAUAAAGAUUCAUCAAACGCUUUGUUAAUUGGUGAAGGACAAUUGACACCAGAAUUUAAGAAAAAAUUGGAUGAAUGGAAACGUAUAAAAAAAGGUAAUAGUGCUGGCACAACAACGCCCGAGCAACAGAUUUUUAAACGAAGACUAACCGAUUGGCAAAUUUGGCGUGCUUCCGCAAAAUCCGAAUCGAAAACUGAUAGCGAACCAAGUAAACCUCCUCAUCUUUCCGAGGAGUUCUUGAAAAAGCUAGAAGAAUGGAAGAAGAUAAAAUCUGCACGAAACGAUGACGAACACGAUGGAGGGAAAAAAGAUUCAAAUUCCAGUAAGUCAUUUAGGAAUAGUAAAGUCUGGAAAACACUGGAUGAAAAAGAAUUUCAACCAUUAGAGAAGCUUCUAGGUAAAAUUGAAAAAGUUCAACCCAAAUUACAAAAAAGGAGAAAUAAAAUUCUGGAUAGAGAAGCUAGAUUAUCCAUGCUGAAACGUAAUGCUGGUGUUUCCUCUCCGCGAAAAAAAGAGGUUCUCGUUCACACGUCGACAGGAUUUUUUCGAUUUGAAGGUAUAUCACAAGAAUUCACGCGGAAGUUGUACGAAUGGGAAAAAAGUCAAGGAAUAUCGCCGGAGUCAUCCACUUUUAGAUUCUUGAACCCCGCAUAUAGAAUAUCCGCAGAUGCGACGCCCACCGAAUCGCAACACGAAAAAGGGAUGCGUCCCAUUCUUAAACGUUCUAAAUCAGUUGGCAGUAUCGUUGGCAGUACACGAGAAGAAACUCCGAUUCGUCAACUUUCCAGUUUAUCGUUAAAUGACGUCGAAGAAUUAGACGCUCAAGCAAAGAGAGUGAAUUCGGAGCAAACCAUAGCUGAGGAAGAGGUGUCGGAAGAAAUAACAAUGGACGAUUCGGAGCCAGAAGCAAUUAUUGUCGAUAUUGAAGAUGUUAUUGAAGAAACUGCAAGUCCUAUGGCAAAAUUGCAACCACAUCAGACGCCUGUUUAUUGUGUUGCUGCCAGUGAGACGACAAGUAUCGCGAUUCCAUUAGGAACAGUCACUUCGAGUCAUGAGCCAUCUCCUGUCAUAUUAUUUGAGGCAGGCGAACUUCAUCCAAUUACUGCAAGGCUUGUCGUCAAAAAUCAAAUUCUCUCUUCGCAUUCCUCAAUUGUCUCUGUGAUUCAAGAAUCAUACACUAAUCCACUAGCAUUUUCAGAAGAAUUGACUGAUGCCAGAAAAGAGGAGCCAGUUGUAUUUAACGAAGUUAAGAGGAGCAAAACUAUUCUCAGGGAUAUUAACAAUAAAAAUGAUGGAAAGAACAAGAGAACGAAAUCAAAAUUGGAUAGACACAUAGGACAUCCUGAUAAUGAAAAAUCUCUUGUGACAGACAAGCAAAAAUUUUGCAGCUCAAUAUAUGGCAUUUCAGAACAGAAGCAAAUACACUCAUUGGUACAGGACGAUUGUAGUAAUCGAAAACAGAAAGAUUCGGAAACAAAAGCUUACUAUGAGAAUAAAAGGCAAAGAGAUUUUCGAGAUAUCCCACAAACUGCAGAGUUUAAUACAAUUGUUGAUACUUGUCUUGAAUCGUCUCAAGUUCUAGAAGUUUCUCCCACCAAAGAUUACGUAAAUGCCAUUCUAGUAACGAGCUUAUCGGAACCAAAUUCAGAUAAAGAAUCUUUUAAAAAAAUGGAAAUCCCCAAUAAACGAGAGAAAACAAAAAAAAGUGAAAAUUUUUUUGACGAGAGGGAAAACGAGGCAAAAUCGCUAACAAUAAUAGUCAAUGAUCUCGCAUCAGGAACAAAAGCAUUUGAAAAUGCAUGUAGAAAAUGUAGUUUAGAAGAAGAAGAUGUAGUUAUCACUGUAAAUCGUGAUAUUCGACCAAAAAAAGUGUUAAAGACACGUCGAUUAACAGACACACAAGUUGGAUAUCAAUGGAUAUCGAAAAUACCUAACGAAAUUGAUUCGCCCAUAGAAUCGUCUCCAUUGACAGUUUCAGCAUUUCAAGAAACGCCAAAUGUUGAAAGAAUUAUAAUUAACGAAAGUACAUUAAAUAAAAUUGUUGUUCCAACGGCAAGUAGCACUGAACCUAUUGUGCAAGAAUCAAAUUUACACGAAAACACGAGCGAGAGAAAUUGUUUAGAUCUUGGAGAGGAAGAGGAGGAGGCGGCGGCACCAACGUGUAAACGAGAAAAACAAGAAUCACAAAGUGUAUUUGUUAAAACAAAGAGAAUAAUUUUCUCGCCAUUUCGACGAAAUAGUAAGGAAAAAGGAUGUGAAAUAUCGAAGGAGGUACAAAAAGAUGAUAAUGAAGAUUCCAAUGAAUUUCCGAUUAAAGCAAUGAAAUCCAAUCAAAGUACAUCAACGUCCGAUGCUCAGAUUGCAAUUCAACCCUGGGCUAAUUUACAUAGAACGAGAUCUAAUUCAGAAUCACCGUGUUCACGUGAGAGAAGACGAAUAAUUGAUUCCAAUGAGCAAAGACGACCUCCUUUGCCUCAAUCUCCAAUUCUUUCCCGCAAGGAAUAUCGACGAUCAUCUCCAAAGGAAACUGCACCAAGCAUACGAAUGAUGAUUCAAAGAUACAAUCAAAAGCUUGAGGACGCGGGAAGUCCAGCAAGUAGCGGAAGUGGUUCACCAAUUUGGCGAUCACCCGUCACAGAGAGAAGAGUUCGUACACAAAUGGAAAAGUAUCAGGAAGAAGUGAGAAAAGCGAUUGCUGGUCCUCCUCGACGUGAUGUUCUUAAAAGCGCAAGUACCAGUUUGAUACGCGACAAUUCCACAGGAUCACCUCUCAAUUCCCCGAUUUCGGAAAGAUCCCGUAAAACUGAAAUUUUGAAAAGUACAAGUGCCGAUUUCACGAGAAAUCAUCUUUAUUCCACAGUACACAAUAUCAAAAUUGAUGAGGAAAAGGAUUCCAAAAAAAUAAACAAUCCCAAUGAAUCAUUGACAAAAAAUGAAAAAUCACGAGAAAAUAUCUCUCCUGACUUGAUACAUAAACUUGAAGCAUUAUCAUCAGCAGCAGCGCAAAAUAAUCGAAAUUCAUUGCCAUCAAGUUCAAGUACAAAGCAUUCAAUGCAAUCGUUAACGACAAAUAUACUCGAUGAUUCACAAGCCGAGGAAAGUGAUGAUUCAUCAUCGCUAUUGAAAAUUCGUGCACAACGGCUUCAAAAGGCAAAAGAAGAUUUUUUAUCCCGCGGCCCAUCAUGCUACUCCCAUGAUCCGUCCAUUGACAGUCGACAAGACGAGAUUGUCUUCGACUCGGGAACUGAAUCAGUUGAUUACGAGGAUCGACCCGAUUUAAUUAAAUCGGCAAGCGCUGGAAUGAUUAACGUUGAUCCUGAUACUUUUGAAAGACUCGCGACAAAUCGUGGCUGCGAGUCGCUGCCAAGAUCAGUGAAAAAAAUCAACAACACUCCCAAUCGUUUUAGUCAAAUUGCAAAUAAAUUUCGCCGUACAAAACUAAAGAAAGCUAAAGAGAAAGAGAGUAAAAUGAGUACAGUCUCGAUGCUUUGUAGACAGAGUCUUUUGGUUGAUAUUCAACUUGAGGGAGCAUCGAAAAGUUGUCCCACAUCACCAUCGCCUCAGCGCGAAGACGAUGACACUAAUCGUUUCAAAAAACAUCGUGAAAGUAAUUAAAAAUAAAUCAUAUUCUUCGUAAACGAGCCAAAGAAUUAUAAUCCAAAAAAUAUAUUAUAUGUAUCUAACAAAAGAAAACAAAAUCAAAUAUUUUUUCAUUUAAAUAGAAAAAUAGAUUGUAAAAAAAGAAAUUUAACCUUAAAAUAUUAGAACUAAUUAAUCUGAAUCGACAAUUAGUAAGACUAGAAAUAAUAAUAACAAGAAUGUAUGUAGAAAUGUUAUAUGUGUAGUAGAGUUUAGAAAUGUAAUUUUUUUACAAUUAUAUAUAAUAUACAUCAGUUUCUUAGAAACUUGA